AUGUCCUCUAAUUCUGCCGCUGCUGCCCUUUCCGCCGCCUUGACGUCGCCGCAGAAGUCUCCUCACUCGUCGCCCAAGAAGGCCGCUGCGAAGAAGGCGGCUGCGAAGAAGGCCGGGGCGAAGAAGAAGGCCGGCGCGAAGAAGCCCGCGAAGAAGGCCGGGGCGAAGAAGGCUGCGAAGAGGCCGGCGAAGAAGGCCGCGCCGAAGAAGGCCGCGAAGAAGGCCGCGAAGAAGCCGGCGAAGAAGGCCGCGAAGAAGCCGGCGAAGAAGACUGCCAAGAAGACCGCGAAGAAGUCGAAGAAGUAA